AUGAGUCAAUUGCCGGAGGUUAGGUUAAAACCGAGCAGACCUUUCAAAAGUUCAGGAGUGGAUUAUGCAGGUCCAAUUAAUAUCCGAUUCUCUCCACGCCGUGGAUCAAAAUCCUACAAGGGAUACAUUUGUUUGUUCGUUUGUAUGGUAACUCGCGCGAUCCAUUUAGAAGCGGUAUCUGAUUUAACAGCCAAAGGCUUUAUUGCUGCAUUUAGAAGGUUUGUUGCACGUAGAGGUCAUUGCCAAAAUCUUUUUAGUGAUAACGGCACGAACUUUGUGGGAGCUAACAAAAUGUUGUGUAAAAUGUUUUCAUAG